AUGGCCUUGCAAUAUGCGCCAACUCACAGAAAUGUCGAUCACACCAAGUCCGAGGGAGAGCUUGCGAUUAAUAUCCGAAAAGCAACGACUGUCGAGGAGACAGCACCGAAACGCAAACAUGUCCGGAGCUGUAUCGUCUACACAUGGGACCACAAGUCAUCCGCGGCCUUCUGGGCAGGCAUGAAAGUACAGCCCAUUCUUGCCGAUGAAGUGCAGACUUUCAAAGCCCUCAUCACCGUCCACAAAGUCUUGCAGGAGGGCCAUCCGACGACUCUGCGAGAGGCAAUGGCGAACCGCAACUGGAUUGAUAGUCUCAACAGAGGCAUGUCUGGGGAAGGUUUGCGGGGAUAUGGCCCGCUGAUUAAGGAAUACGUGAACUUCCUGCUUGCCAAGCUAUCGUUCCAUAGCCAGCAUCCCGAUUUCAAUGGCACUUUCGAAUACGAGGAAUAUAUCAGCUUGAAAGGGAUCAACGAUCCAAAUGAAGGUUAUGAGACGAUCUCGGACCUGAUGGCCCUUCAAGACAGGAUAGAGCAGUUUCAGAAGUUAAUUUUCUCGCACUUCCGGGGUGGUGGAAACAAUGAGUGUAGAAUAGCUGCACUCGUACCUUUGGUGCAGGAGAGCUAUGGAAUUUACAAGUUCGUCACUAGCAUGCUACGUGCCAUGCAUACAACUACCGGGGACGAUGAUGCACUAGAGCCACUAAGAGGACGUUACGAUGCUCAACAUUACCGUUUGGUCAAGUUCUACUAUGAGUGCUCCAACCUACGAUACCUCACAAGUCUCAUCACCGUUCCGAAGUUACCUCAAGAGCCACCUAAUCUCCUUUCUGAAGACGAAACCGCGCCACGAUUGCCACAGAGACCGAAGCAGGAGAUCGAGCGGAAAAUAACCCCCCCACCCGCUCCAAAACAGGAGCCAGACGAGAUUGGAGAAUUCUGGAAGACUGAGCAAGAGCGGCAAAACAGGGAAUAUGAAGAGCAGCAACGGGUGUUAGAGGAGCGUCAGAACCAACAACUCUAUGCUCAACAGCAAGCAGCCCUCCAAGCCCAGCGCGAAUUCGAAGAGCAACAAAGGCAGCUCGCUGAGCAGCAGAGGCGGGAACAGGAAGCACUUCUCGCGCAACAAUAUCAGCAACAGACACAAGGUCGGCUGGCACAAUUGGAGCAAGAAAAUUUCGAUGCCCGAGCCCAGUAUGCUCGAGACCAGCUGAUGCUGCAGCAGUAUGACCAAAAGAUCAAGGCUUUGGAGGGCGAGCUUGCACAGCUUCAGAGUAACUACGGGCAACAAAUUGGGAGUAAGGACGACCAAAUACGGGCACUCCAAGAACAAGUCAACACUUGGCGAACAAAAUAUGAGGCCCUUGCGAAAUUAUAUUCCCAGCUGCGCCACGAGCAUCUGGAUCUCUUGCAGAAGUUCAAGAGUGUCCAACUCAAGGCCGCUUCAGCACAGGAAGCCAUUGACAAGCGCGAAAAGCUCGAGCGCGAAAUAAAGACGAAGAAUCUGGAGCUUGCUGAUAUGAUUCGGGAACGAGACAGAGCGUUGCAUGACAAAGACCGACUUACUGGAGGAAACAAAGAAGAAAUGGAGAAACUUAAGCGCGAACUGCGGAUGGCACUUGAUCGAGCCGAUAAUCUAGAGCGUAGCAAGGGGAAUGAGCUUUCCUCCAUGCUCUCCAAGUACAACCGUGAGAUGGCAGAUCUCGAAGAGGCACUUCGCAAGAAAUCACGUGCUCUUGAGGAAGUCCAUGUCAAGUAUAGCGAGGGCGGUUCAGAUGCAGAACGCUUGCUAAGAGAAAAAGAAGAUGAGUUGGAGGUUCUCAACCAAAGUUUAGACGAUGCCCUUAUUAGGAUCAAUGAACUAGAAACUUCUCGAGGCGCAACCGAUCAAGCGUUAGAUGGAGAAAUCGACGCCAUGCUUCUGUCGAAUAUCGGCAAGAUCAACGACAUUGUAGAUUCUGUUCUGCAGAGUGGGGUUCAGCGAGUUGAUGAUGCCCUUUAUGAGUUGGACUCGACAAUGCAAGCAGGCAACCAAAACGCUACUCCAUCAUAUGUCCUUUCCCAGAUUGAAAAGGCAUCAUCUAGUGCAAUGGACUUUGCUACCUCCUUCAAUAACUUCAUCGCAGAUGGACCUAACAGUAGCCACGCCGAGAUUAUUCGCACCAUCAACGUCUUCGCUAGCUCCAUUGCAGAUGUCCUCAGCAACACCAAAGGUCUAACACGCCUUGCCACAGAUGACAAGAAAUCUGACCAGCUGACCAACGGAGCACGGCAGUCUGCUCAAUCUACGGUCAGAUUUUUCCGCAGCUUGCAGAGCUUUCGGUUGGAUGGCAUGGAUCCGAUCCAGCGGACGGAUGUGGUCAUCAACUGCAAUAACGAAGUGCAAAUCAAUCUGCAAAAACUUAACAAGCAGGUCGAUGCGUUUGCUCCCAAGAGCGACAAAUUAGGCAAUAAAGGAGAUCUAGGUGAUCUCGUAGACAGUGAGUUGAACAAGGCUGCCGACGCAAUCAGCGCUGCUGCCGCACGACUUGCCAAACUAAAAUCAAAGCCCAAGGAUGGGUACUCAACCUAUGAACUGCGCAUUCACGAAUCGAUCCUAGAUGCGGCUAUCGCUGUAACCAAUGCCAUUGCGAAGUUGAUCAAGGCUGCGACUGUGACGCAGCAAGAAAUUGUGCAAGCUGGCAGAGGCACGGGCGACAAGACUUCUUUCUACAAAAAGAACAACCGCUGGACUGAAGGUCUCAUCUCUGCCGCCAAGGCAGUCGCGUCUUCAACCAACACCUUGAUCGAGACUGCGGAUGGGGUGCUUUCCGGGCGUAACAGCCCAGAGCAACUUAUCGUCGCAUCAAACGACGUUGCGGCAUCUACCGCACAGCUUGUAGCAGCAAGCAGGGUCAAGGCGGGCUUCAUGAGCAAGAGUCAAGAAUCUUUGGAGCAGGCUAGUAAGGCUGUUGGUGCCGCCUGUCGGUCACUCGUUAGACAGGUGCAGAGCAUGAUCAAGGAUCGGAAUCAGGAUGACGAGCGCGUCGAUUAUGCGAAGCUGGGGACGCAUGAGUUCAAGGUUCGGGAGAUGGAACAACAGGUUUGUGGCAUCCUGAAUUUCUGCUUAAUGGGUGGGUCAUUGCUAACUAGUGCUGGCGCGCAGGUCGAGAUCCUGCAGCUGGAGAACAAUUUGGCUGCAGCAAGGCAGAGACUGGGCGAGAUGCGGAAGGUAUCAUAUCAGGAAUGA